GGGGUAGUGGGGAGGAGGUGGAGGCUGAUGGCAGCUGAAGAUGGCGGAGGGGAAAGAGCCGAAUAAUAAGUGGGUUCGGCUCAAUGUCGGGGGCACUCACUUUCUGACCACUCGGCAGACCUUGUGCCGUGAGGAGAAGUCGUUCCUGUACCGCCUGUGCCAGGAGGAGGGGGAGCUGCUGUCGGACCGAGAUGAGACAGGAGCGUACCUGAUUGAUCGGGAUCCCACAUACUUCGGGCCAAUACUGAACUAUCUCCGACAUGGCAAACUUGUCAUCAACAAGGAACUAGCAGAAGAAGGGGUUCUAGAAGAAGCAGAGUUUUACAACAUAGCACCUCUCAUUAAGUUAGUGAAAGAGAAGAUCAAGGAGCGAGACUGUAAACCCACACAGCUUCCUACAAAACAUGUUUACCGGGUACUUCAGUGUCAGGAGGAAGAGCUGACCCAGAUGGUUUCCACUAUGUCUGAUGGCUGGAAGUUUGAACAGUUGGUCAGCAUUGGAUCAUCGUACAACUACGGGAAUGAAGACCAGGCAGAGUUUCUGUGUGUUGUUUCCAAGGAGCUGCAUAAUACCACCAAUGGAAUAAGCUGUGAACCGAGCAGGAAAGCUAAGCUUUUACAAGCAAAAGGCUCAACAAUGUGAGAGGAAGUGUUCCACCCGCCUUUUCUUCCCUUUUUAUAUAAACGAUGCGUAUCCCACUCUAUGGACGAUGUGGAACUCUACAGCAUAUCACAACACCAAAAAAGCCAUAGCAGGACACACAACCGUUUCUGCAGUUUUAUUUCUUUUUAAAUUCUCCUGUUGAUGUUAGAUAUGGACUCUCAUUCCUCUUUGAGUUGAAGAGGAUAGAUGCGGGCUCAGACCUCGCAAUCUCAGUACUGCAGCCUUCCUUGGGAAUACGUAUGUUUCGGUGUUGUUGGUUGCAGAUGGCUGGGAAUUCCUCACAAAAGAAAAGGACAUCACGGUACUUUUGUACCCAAGGCGACUCUGAUGCUGGCAGGAUAACGGCAGCUAAUUUAUUUUUUUAAAGGGGGACUGAUUUGUGGCGGUAACACUAUUGGACUUUGCUGCUGCAUCGGGCAAAACUUUGGACACCUCAUUUUGAGGUCUGCAAUGCAUGUUAUCAAUGUAGACACCGUAGAGCAAGUGAAUAUUAACAAGAAGCCGUUGUGUUCUCCCCGGGUUUUGUGUUUUUUUUUGUUUACAGAUGGUCGGGGCCAAAGCUUUGAGUAGUUGUGGUGCUGGGACUGGGGAGUGUACUUGAAAACGUUAACUUUUUAAACAUGAAUUUUUGGUACAUUUUAGCUUUAGCUAUAAUAAAGGGUAAGAUUAAUCUAUAGUGAACACUUUUUUAAAAAAAAAAUAUAGUUUUGAGGUGGCUGGCUGACUGUCUAAGGUUUUAGAUUGAGCUACCAACUAUUUAAAUGUGGCGAUAGCAUUGAUAAUACACCAGUUGUUGAUAAAUAUUGUGUGGAAAUUCA